AUGCUAUAAAUUGGAAACUAUGUUAUAAAUACAAAAGAAUCAAAGUCGAUUUCAAAUGGGAGUGCCAGAAUCGAUUCAUCGCAAUCGUAUGUAAUUCAUAACAUUGAUAAUACAAAAUUUUAGAAUCCCGUUUUUAGGAUGGCUCCAUUAGAAAACUUUCAGAGUGUGAGUGAAAAUAAAUAUUCACAUAUCUUCAGCUCCUUUGAAUAGUCUCCAAGACAAGAAGAUCAAUAACACCAAAACUAGUAAGGAAAUAAGUAAAUAAUUAAAAAGAGAGCAUUUUCCUUUACAGAACAUGAAACCACAAAAAACGAGCAUAGAUGCAAUACAUCAGGAGAUUUGAGAACCAAGAAGUCAUAUGUUGUUUUUACAACAAGAGUUUUGGAAUGCAAAAGAAAGGAAUAAGAUAAAUAGUUGAAUGCCGAAACGCCAAAACUCGGAAAAGAUUAGUUAUAGGAUUCACGAUUGACUGUGAAAUAGAAAAUGGAUUAUUCACAACCUUCAUCUCCAAGAAUUCAGGAUUUCAAGUUGAAUGAUAAUGCUAGUUUAGAAGCUAAACAAACACAAACAACAGCUUGGGGUUCAAUCACAAGUAAGAGCGAGUUGGAUUAAAUUUUGAAAGAUUGCUUGUAGAAUUUUGAAAAGAAUAAAGCCUAAAGAUCUGAUGAAUAUGUAGCUUGUUUUCUAUUUUGA